AUGAAGUUUUACAUAGGGGACCUUCCUGUUCUCUUCCCCUACCCGAGAAUUUACCCAGAGCAAUAUGCAUAUAUGUGUGAUUUGAAAAAAACUCUCGAUGCAGGAGGCCACUGUGUGCUGGAAAUGCCCUCGGGAACGGGAAAGACAGUCUCCCUACUGUCUCUCAUCGUAGCUUACCAACAAUUUAUGCCGGAGAAGAGGAAGCUCAUCUACUGCUCUCGUACCAUGUCCGAAAUUGAAAAGGCUCUGAUGGAGUUGGAAGCUUUGAUGAAGUACCGCACUGAACAGCUGGGAUACGAGGAGGAUUUUCGGGGUCUUGGCCUAACAAGUCGAAAGAACUUGUGUCUUCAUCCCUCUGUCAAGCGUGAAAAGAGUGGAUCCGUGGUUGAUGCUCGAUGUCGAAGCUUGACAGCAGGUUUUGUCAAGGAAAAGAAGGAGCGCGGAGAGGACGUAGAUCUGUGCGUCUAUCAUGAUAAUCUCGAUUUGCUCGAACCACACAAUCUUAUUCCAAACGGUGUCUGGACAUUUGAUGGCAUACUACGCUACGGAGAAGAGCACAAGCAAUGCCCAUACUUUACUGCGCGUCGCAUGAUGCAAUACUGCAAUGUUGUCAUUUUCUCCUAUCACUACCUCUUAGACCCCAAGAUUGCAGAACGUGUCUCCAAAGACUUUUCCAAAGACUGCAUUGUCGUCUUCGAUGAAGCACACAACAUCGACAACGUAUGCAUUGAAUCACUGAGUACCGAUAUCACGGAAGAGUCGCUACGACGCGCGACGCGCGGAGCCCAAAACCUCAAGCAAAAGAUUGCAGAUAUGCGCGAGACAGAUCAAGAGCAGCUGCAAAAUGAAUAUGAAAAGCUGGUUCAGGGUCUGCGAGAGGCUGAUGAAGCUAGACAAGAAGAUGCUUUUAUGGCAAAUCCAGUGCUGCCCGAGGAACUCUUAAGAGAAGCAGUGCCCGGCAAUAUCCGUAGAGCAGAGCAUUUCGUCUCUUUCCUGCAGCGAUUCAUCGAAUAUCUAAAGACACGCAUGAAAGUCCGCCAAGUCAUUUCAGAGACGCCCCCGUCCUUUCUUGCGCAUUUGAAAGAGCACACAUUUAUCGAAAAGAAGCCUCUAGGCUUCUGUGCAGAGCGUCUAACUUCGCUCGUCAGAACCCUCGAGCUCACCAGCAUAGAGGAUUACCAACCUCUCCAAGAAGUUGCGACAUUCGCCACGCUUGUCGCAACUUAUGAAAAAGGCUUCUUGUUGAUUCUAGAACCGUACGAAUCAGAUACAGCUGAAGUUCCAAACCCAAUCCUUCAUUUUACUUGUCUGGAUGCGGCAAUCGCCAUUCGACCAGUUUUUGAUCGUUUUUAUUCGGUCAUCAUUACCUCUGGAACCAUUUCACCUCUGGAAAUGUACCCGAAAAUGCUCGAUUUCUCCACAGUCAUUCAAGAGUCAUACAGCAUGACCCUUGCCCGCCGCUCCUUCUUGCCAAUGAUUGUGACGAGAGGAAGCGAUCAGGCGUCUAUUUCAACCAGCUUUCAAGUUCGAAAUGAGCCUAGUGUGGUGCGGAAUUAUGGAAAUCUGCUUACAGAAUUCGCCAAGAUUACACCAGAUGGGUUGGUUGUCUUCUUCCCCUCAUACCUCUACAUGGAAUCCAUCAUCAGCAUGUGGCAGGGAAUGGGCAUCCUUGAUGAGGUUUGGAAGUACAAACUUAUCUUGGUUGAGACGCCUGACGCACAAGAAACAUCUCUGGCUUUGGAAACAUACCGAACGGCUUGCUGUAAUGGAAGAGGUGCCAUUUUACUUUGUGUCGCUCGUGGCAAGGUUUCCGAGGGUAUCGAUUUCGAUCAUCAGUACGGUCGCACUGUCUUAUGCAUAGGGGUUCCUUUUCAGUACACGGAAUCGCGAAUCCUCAAGGCAAGACUGGAAUUCCUGCGAGAAACAUAUCGCAUCAAAGAGAACGAUUUCUUGUCCUUUGACGCGAUGCGACAUGCUGCCCAAUGCCUGGGGCGCGUCUUGCGAGGCAAAGACGACUACGGCAUCAUGGUGCUCGCCGACAGGCGGUUCCAAAAGAAGCGACCACAGCUGCCAAAGUGGAUUAACCAGGGCCUGAUGGAUGUCGACGUCAACCUAAGCACGGACAUGGCCGUCAGCAGCGCUCGGCGCUUCUUGAAGACAAUGGCACAGCCUUUCCGCGCAAAAGAGCAAGAAGGCAUCAGCACAUGGGGCUACGAGGAUCUGGAGCGCAAGGCCGCACUUGAUCGUGAAGAGGCUCGCAAGGCAGAGGAGGCAGCUGCGAUCAAAGCGGCGGAAUUGGCCGCUAUGCAAGGCACUAACAAUGACUACGAAUUCGAUGACGAGGACUUGGAUCAAGACAUGAUGGAGCUCGAGGGGUUUUAG